AUCAGCGCGGCCAACGCCGCCGGCGAGUCUAUUCCGCCCUGGCUUAUCUUCAAGGCCUUCCCAACCGACGAGGACUGGAAGAAAAUCAAUGCCGACGGAGCGAUUUAUUUUGCUCAGUCAGAAACUGGCUUUUCAAAUUCUGAAAUUACGUUGGAAUGGCUUCAUCACUUCAAUCUAUGGUCUUGGAAGAAAUCAAUCCAAGCCCAACAAUCUGGUCAAGGACUCGAGGACUGGUUUGGUUGCGAUGCGUGGCUGAGAGAUCCAGCGAAGCCCUGGGCACCGCCUUUUGAAGUACCGCCGGUCCAGCGGCCUGCAGAAGACAAGAUAUAUCGACUUCUUGUUAUUGACGGCUUCACUGGUCAUACGACAUUUGAAGUUUUCGAAUACUGUAUCAAAUUUGACAUUAUCGUCGCUGCAUUUCCCUCUGACUUCCACAUCCUUCAACCGCUUGAUGUUGGCGUUUUCCAACCUCUUGAGCGUGCCCAAUCAAAAUUCCCGCCAAAAUCGCUAUCCCAAGGGAAUUUAACCUUUACGCAAGCCGAGUUCAUCACAGCUUUCCAAACAAUGCAUGAUAAAGGCUUUACGAAGGACAAUAUCAUUUCAGGGUUCGAGGAAUCUGGCAUUUUCCCU